AGACAUAUACUGAUAAUCCCACUUUAAUUUGUGAUGUUAAUUCGUUAAAGGAGACGCUGCAAAUAUGGGAUUAAGAACAAUAGAUAGUCUCAUUAUAAUAAUAUAUUCACUCUGCUUUUGUACGGAGUUCAUCCUGUCGUGCAAUGUGACCUCCCUCGAGCCGUGCCCGGGGGAAAAUCAGUUCUGUAACCAGACUACAAGGAGCUGCGAAUGUUUGGAGGGAUUUUAUCAAGUAGGUGAUGAAUGCCAGACGCCGAGCUCGUACAUGUCGAAUCACGACGUGACCGCCGCAGUCGUGAGUAUAUUCGCCAUCGCCCUGAUCGUGUGCGGCCUGGUGCUGGUGGUGAGGAAGUACAAUUUGAUUGAAUAUGCUCGCCAGAAAAUCAAUUCCCAAAGGAAUAAUGAUGUAAUGUAUGAAGAUGUCAUGAUCGGUCAAGACGAUCCACCGCUAAGCCCCUAAAAUAAACAAUGAUUCAUUAUUUAUUUGUAUAGAGUAAUUAAGAAAUGUUAAAAUCAAUCAUUUGUAAGAUAAGCGGCACUGAACUGAACUGAAGUGUAAUUAAUGGUCUUUGUUAUAAAUGUUAUAAACAUUCAUUUGUUAAUUGUAUUCAAAUAAUCCAGGAUAUUGACACAUUUCAAGUUAAAUAAAGUUAUUAUAGCACAGUUGAUAUGCUUAUACAAAGCUUACCUUUCAUGUGUCUCUUAUCACCUUUGUGAAGCUUAGCCAAUACUACAUUAGUAUAUAUAUAUGUCA